AUGCUCACCAAAAACAUAGUUGAAGGUGCAAAAGACGCAGUGGACGUCGACAAACUGUUGCAGUCCUGUUUAGAAACGGACGAUGUAAAGACAAUUUCGACCUCUGUCCGAAACAUGGACGGAAGUGUCGCUGCAGAACUGUUAUUAAAAAUGAUUCCGCUAUUGUCCACGCGAAAAUAUACGUCUUUGCCGCUGUGGAUGCAUUGGAUGAUUGUUACUCACGGUGGAUAUUUGACGACGGUCACAGAAGUUCAAGAACCACUUGUAAAACUUCGUGAACAGCUUCUUCUUUGCUUAAAAAAUGUUUCGUACAUAACGACCCUGCGUGGUCGGCUAGAUAUGACUCUGGGUCAGGCCAAGCUGCGUAGACAAAGCUUUUCGGAGCUUUCCAAUCAGGACGAAGACGAUGACCUUGAUUCUGAGGAAGAUUUGUCUUCGAACGAUGAAGAUUCACAAGAAGAAUAUGAGAUCCAGGUUGUUGACGAAAGCUUGGGUGACGCCAAUUCGGCUGACGAAGACGAGGAUGAUGAAGAUGAGGCGGAUGAAGAGCUUGCGGCCGAUUCUGUGACAGACAAAUCCUCUACUUCUAAUCAAGAAAGCACAGAACAAGGUUCUCCGGAGUCUCAGCAAAAUGAUGAUGAAGACGAAGAAGAGAAUGGAGCAUCUUCUUCGGAGGACGAUCUGGACGACACCCUUCCAGAUGGACAAUUCUUCAAACCACAGACAAACAGCUAUGUCAGCAUUGAAAGUCCCCGCAAAAAGGUUGCCAAAGCUGUCAACUAA